UGUUUCCGGAGGUAUGUUGAUUGGUUUGGUUGUAUUCUCCGUUCUAUGGGUAGUGAGACGUGAGAGUUUCUCACACAAAAUAAGUUCUCCAGGUUUGUUUGUUGGAAUUCUGUGUAUUGCAAAAAGGGGUUUUCAGUUCCGAUCAUUCGAUUCACUUUCCCAUUCUGCUUCUUCCCAGAAAGAGCAAAGAAUUAGUAUAGGAAGCCAUGGAUACAAGGAUGAGGAGCUAGGUGAAAAAGCUAGAGAAGCCAAGCAAAGAUUGGAUCACAAGCUAAGAAGGACAAGUAAAGAAGAAAGAGUUAAUGAUGUUGAAAAUGGGCAAGUAGAAUCAAAUACUUUGCAGAAGAAUUCAGAGAUGCUUAGAUUGAAGCAAAAUGGAAUAAAGACGUUUAGCAGGGUAGUAAAGCAAUGGAAGGAUUCAGAAAAGUAUGAAUGCACCAUUUGCUUGGACCAAUUCAAGGUUGGAGAUAACUUAAUGCAUUUGCAAUGUGACCACAAAUUCCAUUCAUGUUGUUUGGUUCCAUGGUUAGAGAAUCAUGCUUACUGCCCUUGCUGCAGAGUGGAGAUUGUCACUUGAAAAAUGGAUUGCUAUGUUGCGCGGACUCUCCAAAAUACUGCCUCACGCCCGCACCCGUAUCGGAUUCUCCAAAAAUACACUACUUUUGGAGAAUCCGACACGCACCCGGCUACAUUUUUGGCAAGUCCGAGCAACAUAGAUGGAUUGUGCAGAGUUUGUACAGAUGAAGUUUUAAAUAAGGAUUGUAUUAGUAGUCCAACCUUUUGUGUUUAAUAAGUUGGUGUUGAUCUCUAGAGAAAGAGAAGUGAGAGAUACUUAGGGCUUCAUUUACAUAUUAUACUAGAUUUAAAAAUGAUGUAAUUUGAAUCCUUGUCUUAUGUAUAGUAAUGUCUUCUGUUAUUUUGGUACUAUA